GUCUUCGAGCGACCAACGGAUGGUUUAAUUUUUUUUGGAUUUGCUGAUUUGGCAUAAAUAUUUUAAAAUGACGACUUUAUUUAGACCAAAAUAUGUAUAUCAGGACUGUGUCAUAAUGCAACAUAAAUGCUAUGUAAGCCAUGGGAUUGCGUAUACCAUUGAUGGCAAGCUCGCGCAUAAUAUUCUCGUAUCAAAUGUUCCUGAGGAAUUAACGCCUUUGAAACUAAUGAAAUAUUUUCGUGCAUUUGGCGAAGUAUUUGAUGUGAUGAAUACCCCAAUGGCAAACGAAGCAGCCAUAAUAUUUACUGAGGCUGACAGCGCCAGCAGAGUGCUCUUGAAAACCGAACAUGUGUUAGAUGGUUUUACACUCGAAAUUUCGCCGCACGAUAACUAUACGCGGCCCAUUGACGACAUGAAAAGCAAUCGCGAACAGUUAUUUGACGAUACGGAUGCGUUAUUUAAUAAGAAUAAUAUACUUUCGCUACAUUCCGAGUGCCUAGAGCAUGUUUUAAGUUUCUUAGAAAUUGCCGACCAAUUACGUUUCGCGAGCGUCUGCCCGACUUUUCGUAAUGUCUUUAAAAGCUAUGCCAAACGGACAUAUAAAAAAACUUUCGAUAUGGUGAAGUUGUCUUCCUUGGGAACUUCGCACUUACACGAAUUUUUAUAUAUAACAAGCGAAUUCAACACGUCACUGCUAUUUAGGGGUAAUGUAUCACCUGAACAACAAAAUCGUAUAUUGUGCGCUAUGCAUCAGGCUUGCCCCAACUUGACCCGCUUGCACCUGCGAAUCCCUUACAUGAACGAUGAAGCGUUGCGUGAGGUGACAUUUUUGAAAUACUUAAAAUUACUUGAUUUGAACGGCGCUUCGGAAACUACCGUAAAUCUUACAGGAAAAUACUUUGACCAAUUGCAAAAUUUGAGUACAUUAUACAUCAGAAAUUGUACUAAUAUUAAACAACGAAAUAUGUUACUUCUCUCCAAAUCUAUCUACAAAAAUCUACGCACAAUUGACAUACGCGGUUGUCCACAAUUAAAAAAACAAUUCUUCGACUGUCUGGUCCAGUGGGGUGAAAACCUGUGGCAAAUAUUGCUUAGCAUACAGACGGAUCCCUAUGAGCAAAUAUUCCUUUUGCCACGCCUAAAAUGUAUAUAUUUGAACAGCGAAUACACAGAAGAUGAAAUAGAUGCUUCGUAUUUCUAUAAAUUGGCUAAAUUAAAGGGUCAUCAGAUGGAAAUCUUAAGGCUUGACACUCCCAGCUGUUUGACGAAGAAACAUUUGUUCCACAUUGCCGAGUUGGGUAAAUUGAAAAGGCUUGAGGUCAGCCGUAACCCUGCGGUGGAUGAUGAUGUCAUGCAAGAGUUUUGCAAAUUGAAGUGUCUCGAAAAUUUGGAUAUUCUUGGCUGUGGGAAUGUAAACAAUGCGGCACUUACCAAGUUGGUGGAGAGCUGUCCACAGUUACGGCAUAUAAAUAUUAGGUAUUGUAGAAGACUAACAUGCAAAUUUGUCUUCGAUUCGAUCCCCAUUCUACGAAGCAGCGGGAGAAAGUUGAAGAUAACGGUGCAAAGUUCACACUUGGAGAUAGCCUCCAUGUUUUACUGUCAAACUUGUGUUGAGGGCGAAAUCGAAAAAUUGCUGCAAAUAGAACGCCUUGAGCCAAAGCCUGAUGUAUAUGCAAAGUAUUAUGAAUUUGAAACGGAUGAGCUUGAUAAAAUUGUUAAAGAAUAUUGCCACUGAGUGGAAAAUAAUGAAAUUAGUAAAUAAUAAUUAAAAGUAAUAAAAAUAUAUAUGUACAUGUAAAUAUAUUAUUAUCGUAGUAUGUAACUUUAUAACCUAACUGUUCCUAGAAGAAAUAUAGAUAAUAUAAAUAAAAAAAAAAAAGUUUUUCAAAAUCUUGAA